AUGGCAGCCGACUGUAUUGCAGAUGCUGACGUUAUCGAACAAGAGAAAGGAUCCGACCUUGAAGCCGGCCAGGAUCUGACAAAAUCCACCACGACAAAGAGCGAAAAGCCAUACACGACCUUCUCCGAGCAUGAGAAAUGGUUGAUUGUGGGCAUGGCGAGCGCCGCGGCGUUCUUUUCCCCCCUCUCCGGACAGAUCUACUUCCCUGUACUUCCUGUGCUCACGGCAGACUACCAUCUGACCUCGACUCUGCUCAACAUCUCCGUGACGACGUACAUGAUCUUCCAGGGUCUUGCGCCGAGCUUCAUGGGCACUUUCUCCGAUGCCAGCGGGCGCCGGCCGGCAUAUAUCCUUGCGUUUAUAAUCUACACGGCCGCCAACAUUGGUCUCGCGCUGCAGGACAGCUACGCUGUCUUGCUUGUGCUCCGGUGCGUUCAAAGCGCCGGCAGCAGCGGCACGGUCUCGUUUGGGUACGGCGUUGUAGCCGAUGUGGUCACCACGGCCGAACGAGGCAAAUAUAUGGGCCCUAUGGCUGCGGGGGCUAUGAUGGGCCCGGCCUUAGGCCCAGUGAUCGGUGGUCUCCUGGCGCAGUAUCUCGGAUGGCGAGCUGUGUUUUGGUUUCUCGUCAUCGUCUCCGGAUCGUACCUUGUCGUCUUCAUUGUCAUCCAGCCUGAGACGCACCGGUCGAUCGUCGACGACGGGAGUGUCACGCCCUCUCAGGGCUGGCGAUUGUCCGUCGUGCAAUUCAUUGCGGCGAGACGGCGUCUGGCUCGAAUGACGGCCGAGGAGAGACAGGAAUAUCAACAGAUCCGGGCGGAGCUCAAGACCCAGCAGCAGAAGGAAGGUCGAAAGCUAGGCUUCCCUAACCCGCUUGAUUCCUUCCGGAUCCUCCUGCAGAAAGAUGCUUUCAUGCUCAUCACCUUUUCCGGCCUCAUGAUGUUUGGCAAUCUCGUCCUCAUGACCGCCACCCCGACUCUAUACCCGGGGAUCUAUGGGCUGGAUGAACUACAAGUCAGCCUAUGUUUUUUACCCCUAGGGCUCUCUUCCAUGAUUGGCGCCGUCGUGAACGGCAAAUUUCUAGACUGGAGCUAUAAACGCCUCGCGAAGAAACACGGGAUGAUCAUCGAUCGCCAACACCGGCAAGACCUAACACAUUUCCCUAUCGAAACCGCCCGGCUGCAAAUGGUCUUCCUCUGGGCCUCGGUCCAGUCCAUCCUCCUUCUCCCCUACGGCUGGGCCUUACAGUACCAUGCUAACCUGGCCGUUCCGCUCGUCAUCCAAUUCAUAGUCGGCUUCUGUCUGGUUUGCACCUCCAACAGUCUCGGCACGUUGCUCGCGGAUAUCUUUCCCGGUCAGGUGGCCACCGCGUCGGCGGCCCAGAAUCUUCUCCGAUGCUUGCUUGGCGCUGUGGGUGCGGCGGUCGUGGAUCCCAUGCUGACGGGGAUGGGGGUCGGGUGGUGUUUUACCUUUACGGGCUUGGUCCUGCUUGUUUCGCUGUUACUGCUCUGGGCUGAGAUGAGAUGGGGGAUGGCUUGGAGACAGGAGAGAUGGAGGCAGGAGGGAGAAAGGGAAUCACAAGGGAAAAAGUAA